UUGAAGGAAUCGGUGCAAUAGAAUCUUUCGAAAAUGGAGAUCUUGUUGAAUUUACCUCCAUUAUUUAUUCUCCUUUUAUUCGCGGUCCAUAUUCAAUCAAAGCCCGUUUCAGAUAGUAGUAAUACUAAUUCCUUAAUAUCGCAUGGUACAGAGGGAGAGGUUGAAAUGAUGGAAAUAGCAGAAGCGCAAAAUCCGUUUCUACCAAGGUUCGCUAUGAAAAAGCUGAAAGAACGACGGGAGCAAGCGCGAGCGCAAAGGAGGAACAACCAAGCGCAAAAGUUGAGCAACCCGAUACAGGCGCACGCGCACCCAAAUGUUUGGUGCCUGCACAAUCCAUACAGACGAUAUUAUUAAACAUCAAACAUGAACAAACGGGUGAUUUGGCUGAUGACGUUAGUGCUCGCGAGUGUGCUUGCUGAUCCUACUUCAAAACAAAAAGUUUCGAGUGAUAACAACCAGCCUUUGUCACAAAGUACCAGCGAGGAAGCAAAACAUGACGACAAACCAUUGUUAAACAAAACCGAUUCAGAACAAAAGAACCAAAUUACAAAUACCAACGUUAAAACAAGGGAAGAUGCAGCAAAUAUAGAAGAUUCUAAUGUGGAGUUAAUAAUUAAUGUCGAAGAAACUAUUGAUCCUGUCGAAGAACAAUUUCCACAAAUACAAGAUGUGCUAAAUAUUGACGAUGGAGAUUUCAAAAUAUUGGAUCGUGAAGAUUUUAACCGGGACGAGGCAAUGGAAAGUAAUCCUGACGAAAUAAUGCAAACUGCCGCUGGAUUCGUGCCUGUGCCUAUCAUAAGGAAAUUCAGACAAAAACAGAAGGCGAGACGCCGCGUCGCCACUCGCCGGCAGUUCAAACGUCACCCACGCCCGUACACGCCAUGGCGGUAUUUGUAUCCAUACUCUUAUUACUCGUUUUAUCGGCCGAGCUCUCUAAGAUACUUUUAUUAGUAAGAAAUAAAGCGAGCCACAGAAAAGUAUACCACCUAAGUAUAGAUAUAUUGUAGCUGAUUUACUUUUCUCUGAGACCCAUUGUACAAAGCCUUAUUGUAAUUUAUUACUCUGUAUGGGUAGGUACCCAAUUUUUUUGUUUGUAAAUAAAAAUAUUAUGAAUAUUUUC